AUGUCAGGUGCCAAGGCUGCCCUCAAGGCCAUUGGCGACUCUGUGAAACAACAGAAAUGGGACGAUGCCAUUCAAAAGGCAACUGAAUUCCUCGAGCGAGAGCCGAAGAACUAUCAGGCAACCAUCUUCCUCGCCUUUGCGCUUGACAAGAAGAACCGCGUCGAUGACUCCGAGAGGGCUUACAAGUCUGCUUCGUUGCUGCGGCCUAAAGACAGCCAGGCAUGGCAAGGUCUGAUCAAGCUCUACGAGAAGCAGGACCGCAAACGCCUAGGCGCAUACCAGCAAGCUGCCAUCAGCUUGGCCGAGCUCUACCGGGACUCCGACGAUAUGUACAAGUGCCAGGAUGUUAUCGAUAAAUUCAUCGACUUUGCGAGAUCCCAGGGAGACACUUCGCAAUACAUCGAGGCUCUCAGCGUCAUCCUUCCCGGUAGCCCCAUCUAUCCCGCUCUUGAGGGACGGGUACCACACCCAGCCAAGACCUACGAGACAAUGGCACAAAUCAUCGAGGCCGACGAAAAGAAGCGCAUCAACACCCUGAUCGGCGAGCGCCGGACAAGAAUUGGCGCACGCCUGAAUGAGGUGACUCUUGAGGUCAAGCGUGAAGUCAUGGCCCAGAGCAAGCUCGAAUUUGUCUAUCAGCAGCUGAUCAACUGGACAAACGAUGACGAACUACGGCGAAAGUAUGAGGAGAAGCUUCUGCAAUACUGUUAUGAUCGUCUGCUGGUAGCACCUGCCGGCCCGGAGAAGGGGGCAGCCCUUCAAGCCGUCCUCAAAUUGGCCCUCGACAUGGUCAUCAUCAAGCACCCCUUCCGACUGGCCUGGGAGAUUGCCAUCGACUGGAAGGACGCAAAAGAAAUCAAGGACUGGGAUGUCAACAUGUUGAGAGACUACUGCUCAUUCUUCCCCGAGACCGAUCUUUACAAAGUCAUCACCGGCUUCUUGACGAGCAGCAUCUCACCCUUUCCAAAGGCAUCGCCAGCGGCACUCGAGGCGGAAGAAACCGAAGAGGAGAGCGAGGACGACGAGGGAGGUGGCGUGUCGAUGGUGCCUCUGACGGAGCAGGAUAGAAUCCUGAUGAUGACGGAGGGUAUCACCACAUCCAACUCGCUAUUCGCUCACCGCUUGGUAGGAGACUACUAUCAGCAUCUGGAGGAAUACGAGAUCAACAUGGAGUUGAUGCGCAAGUCGAUGGAAUAUCUCAAGACGGAAAGAAUCAAGACUGGCAUGACGUUCCAGAAUACCCAAGACGCCUACUCCUUGUAUCUGGCUACGGCGCUGGUCUUCUACCAGUCUCCUCGACACCACACCGAGGCGAAGGCGCUCUUCGAGGGAGUCCUCGGUCACGACCCAUCUUCCACUGCAGCUCUGAUCGGAGUUGGACUCAUUUAUGAAGAGGAAGAAGAUUACGACGACGCCAUCGAAUUCUUCGAGCGUGCCCUCAAGAGAGACCCCUCUAACCUCCGGGUCAAGACUGAAGCUGCUUGGGUCCAGGCUCUGAAGGGGGAUUACGAGACGGCCAAGUCACAGUUGGAGGCCUCACUUCCUCUCAUCGAAAAGGUGUCGCCGCCAGCCAAGGAACUUCUUGCGCAAACACAGUACCGCCUGGGUUCCUGCGUCUGGAACAUCGACACGUCGAAAGCAGCCCGAAAGAGCCGCACGGGUGCUUACGUGUACUUCCUGGAUGCCUUGAGGAAUAACCUUAACUUCGCGCCGGCCUACACCAGCCUCGGCGUCUACUAUGCCGACUAUGCCAACGAUAAGAAGAGAGCACGACGAUGCUUUCAGAAGGCUGUUGAGCUUUCUUCCUCCGAGGUCGAAGCCGCCAAGCGUCUCGCGCAAUCUUUCGCGGACGAAGGCGAUUGGGACAGAGUCGAACUUGUGGCCCAACGUGUGGUUGACUCAGGCAAAGUUAGGCCACCUCCAGGCUCCAAAAGGAAAGGCAUUAGUUGGCCUUUUGCCGCGCUUGGUGUCGCCGAGUUGAACAAGCAAGAAUUCCACAAAUCCAUUGUCUCAUUCCAGUCAGCCUUGAGAAUUCAUCCAGAUGACUACCACUCCUGGGUCGGCUUGGGCGAGAGCUACUACUCUUCAGGACGAUACGUUGCAGCAACAAAAGCCAUUCUCAACGCGCAAAGGUUGGAGGAAACCAUCCCCUCCGAGGUACUCGGCGACACAUGGUUUACCAAAUACAUGCUUGCUAAUGUCAAGCGUGAGCUGGCUGAAUUCGACGAAGCUAUCGGUCUCUAUCAAGACGUUAUUGAUAGUCGACCCCACGAGGAUGGAGUUGCAAUUGCUUUAAUCCAGACCAUGGUUGACAAUGCAUUGGAUUCUGUCGAGAAGGGCCUUUUUGGUAAGGCGAUACACCUUGCCAUCGAUACUAUCAGCUUUGCCUCAAAGGCAGCCGCCAGUGUCGUCGGGACCUUCAACUUCUGGAAGUCGCUCGCCGACGCUUGCUCCGUCUUCUCUGCAGUCCAAAAUCGAGCUGUUGACUUCCCAGCAGAGUCCAUCAUGGCCCUCAUUGACGGCGGCGACAAGGAAGCCUACACCAUCUUCGCCGAUGUCGACAAAGUCGGUACUGGAGUCAUUUCUGCAAAGGGGUUGUUCUCCGAUGAUGAGAGGCUUGGUGUCGACUUGACAAGAUGCAUCCAUGCGACAAUCUUGUGCCACAAGCGUGCCAUCCAUGUCUCAGCCCACGACCUCCAUGCUCAGGCUGUUGCCUACUACAACCUCGGCUGGGCCGAACACCGGGCCCACAUAUGCCUGCCUUCAAGUAUUAGGAAGAAGUCGAGCGUGUACCUGAAGACUGCCAUGAAGUGUUUCAAACGGGCCAUCGAGCUUGAGGCCGGAAAUUCGGACUUUUGGAACUCGCUGGGUGUCGUGACAAGCGAGAUCAGUCCUGCUGUGUCGCAACACUCGUUCGUCCGAAGCCUCCACCUGAACGAGAGGAGCCCAGCAACAUGGACCAACCUUGGAACUUUGGCGCUUCUGCAGAACGACAUGCAGCUGGCCAACGAGGCCUUCAACCGAGCGCAGUCAACGGAUCCCGACUACGCUCAUGCGUGGCUCGGUCAGGGUUUCGUGGCUCUCCUCUACGGAAAGACGAAGGAAGCAAGAGGCCUGUUCACCCAUGCCAUGGAGAUCGCUGAGGCUUCUUCUAUCAUCACCAGACGCCAGUACCCGUUGGCCGUGUUCGACCAUAUCCUGACUACAAGGUCCACCAACGUGGCGUCCUUGAUCCAACCAAUCUUCGCUCUUGGCCAGCUUAAUAACUUGAAGCCACAAGAUUUGGCAUACGGACAUCUGGCGACACAAUUCCUCGAGCGAACUCAAGAUACUGUCAAGGCGGUUCAAAUACUUGAAAAGAUUUGCGGCAUCUUGGAAGCCGAUUACGAAGUGACAGAAUCUCCAAAAGCUCUGGCCCAAUUCGCGCUGGCUAAGACAGAUCUGGCAAGAUCGUACCUUGCCUCUGGUGCUUACGAGCAGGCUAUUGAGUGCGGCGAGAUGGCAAUCCAGCUGAGCGACGAUGAAUCGGACAACGAGCUGACCAAGGAAGAGCGCAAGAAGGCCCGUCUUUCCGCCCACCUGACGGUGGGAUUGGCGCAAUACUACAGCAAGGAUGUCAACGAGGCGCUUCUGUGCUUCGAGUCAGCGCUCGAGGAAUCCGACAACAACCCUGACGCAGUGUGCCUCCUUGCACAGGUUCUGUGGGCGACGGGCGCAGAGGAGUCUCGCGAGAAGGCUCGCGGUGCUCUCUUCGAGGUGAUUGAGGACCAGCCCGACCACGUCCAGUCCGUCCUCCUGCUGGGCGUCAUAGCCGUCCUCGACAACGACGAGGAAUCUGUCGAGGCGGUUGUGUCCGAGCUUCAAGGCCUCCGGACCAGCCACAAGGUUGGAGAUAAUGAACAGUCUCACAUCGGCGAGGUACUCGGGGCCAUCACGAAACUCGGGGAGACGAGCACAGAUGAGGAUGUCAUGACCCAAAUCCAGACAGACAUCAUGCUGUAUCCCCACUUGCCGCACGGCUGGUCGAACCUGGCGGAGUUUGGUGGAGAGCAAUAUGCUGCCGAGAUGGCGUUGACAGUGGCGAAGAAGGGAGCGCCGCCCAGAGGAACGCUCGAGGCCGAGGAUCUAGCCAAGGCAUACGCGGGUACCGGGGUCGCUGCAGACGCGCAGACGGCCAUUUUCUUGUCGCCUUGGAAGACUGAUGGAUGGAACUCAUUGCGGGAUGCCGUCUACGGCAACUGA